AGCGCUGGUUGGCCGGCUUCGGGCGGAAGUCGGGAGGUGGCCCGAAGACGCUGGCUGGUGACAGGGAGGGGGAGAAAGAAGCCCUGCGCACAGGUUGUCUCUCCAUCACUUCGCUUCCCGGGACCCCCGGAAAAAAACCAACACCCCAGCCCUGCGGCCGGCCCCUUCCCCAGGCUCUCUCCGCUCAUUUCGCCACCGUGAUGUGGGAAGCGAAUCCGGAGAUGUUUCACAAAACAGAAGAAUUCUUAUCCAAAAGGACAGAGAGUGAGAUGGAUGAGAUGGACACCUCAGAUACGCAGUGGGGCUGGUUUUACUUGGCAGAAUGUGGGAAGUGGCACAUGUUUCAGCCGGAUACCAACAUUCAGUGUUCAGUUAGCAGUGAAGAUAUCGAAAAAAGCUUCAAAACAAACCCUUGUGGCUCCAUUUCUUUUACUACUUCCAAAUUCAGCUACAAGAUAGACUUUGCAGAAAUGAAGCAAAUGAAUCUCACCACUGGAAAACAGCGCUUGAUAAAAAGAGCCCCCUUUUCUAUCAGUGCUUUCAGUUAUAUCUGUGAAAACGAGGCUAUCCCCAUGCCAGCACACUGGGAGAAUGUGAAUACUGAAGUACCCUAUCAGCUUAUUCCUUUGCACAAUCAAACACAUGAAUAUAAUGAAGUUGCUAGUCUCUUUGGGAAAACAAUGGAUCGCAACAGAAUUAAAAGAAUUCAGAGAAUUCAAAACCUAGACUUGUGGGAGUUCUUUUGCAGGAAAAAGGCUCAACUCAAGAAAAAAAGAGGUGUGCCUCAGAUUAAUGAGCAAAUGUUAUUUCAUGGUACCAGCAGUGAAUUUGUGGAAGCAAUUUGCAUUCAUAACUUUGAUUGGAGAAUAAAUGGUAUACAUGGUGCUCUCUUUGGAAAAGGAACCUAUUUUGCUAGAGAUGCUGUUUACUCCAGUCGCUUCUGCAAAGAUGACAUAAGGCAUGGAAACACAUUCCAAAUUCAUGGUGUAAGCUUGCAACAGCGGCAUCUGUGUAGAACGUAUAAAUCUAUGUUUCUUGCUCGAGUGCUAAUUGGAGAUUACAUAAACGGAGACUCCAAAUACAUGCGACCUCCUUCCAAAGACGGCAGCUAUGUGAAUUUAUAUGACAGCUGUGUGGAUGACACCUGGAAUCCAAAGAUCUUUGUGGUGUUUGAUGCCAACCAAAUCUAUCCUGAGUACUUAAUAGACUUUCAUUGAUUUCACUUCCAAAUAUUCGUGGUCAAGGAAGUUUUAUUCUCUUUUGCAGGAAGAUUUGCUCUCCUGUCAUCUAGCCACUUAAUGUUAAUUAUCUGAUUCUUUUGAAACAGAUAUGAAAAAAGUGGCCUCCAUAUAAAAAGACAUACUGACUUUAAGGUUGGUUUUUUGUUGUUUUGUUUUUGUCCGUUACUCAUAGUCUUGUUUGUUAAAGAUUGAUACCAUUGCCAUUUUAACAUAUGGGGUGAAAGGUACCACUCAAAAUUGAAUCAGCUGAGUCUCAAUUAACAUGGUCAUUCAGAGUCUUUAAAGUUUACGUGUAUGUUAUCAGGAUAAAUGUUUUCAGUUCAAAUAGACUUAUUCAUAUAAAUCUUCAAAAAAUAAAAUGUAGACAUACAUCUGUCCCUUCAGAGGAAUUGAUCCUUUGUAAAUUGAAUUCUGAUGUUAUUGUCCACCAAUCAAUAUACUGCUUUGUUGAUCUUCUGAAGGGGGGGUUUAAAACCUUGAAGCAGUCUGAGUACCUUGAGAGAAAUCACAAAUAAGGCAGUUAUUUGCAGUGCUGCCAAACCAGCCAGAAGGAGGAAGUCAGGGUAGAGUGCUGUUUCCAAUACUUUAGGAUAGUGGCUGCAGUCUCAGACCUGCUCAGGUCGUGCUCUUCUGUUUCCUACAUCUGGAUUGAUGUAGACUAGAAUUGCCGCAGACUACAGUUAGUCUAAAGUUCAUCCACCGGGGCUCUUGAAUUCUUGUACCAAGACUUGCUGCAGAAGGUGUUUAUUGCAUCUUCAAAGUGAAACUUGUAUUUAUUAUUCAAAACAUUAUUUACGUUUUGUUUUGGGGUCCCUACAAUAAUUACUUCCAAGAUAUUUUUAUCUGCUCCCUCACACAGCUAUUCAACAAUGAUUUAUAAAAUUCACAUUUCUAAGUUGUAUCUUCCCAUUUUGAAUCAUUGCAGAAAGC